GUUCCAAAAUGGCGUUCGACGAAUGUUGAUGACAGAGGUGGAGGGGUUGUUCCUCCUAAAACAUGGAUAUGUUAGAUUAUUGCAAGACUUAUAACAUGGUAAAAAGUAGUUAUGGAAACCAAGAAUCUACUGAUCUAACUUCACAGGAGAAUGUUUGUCCGGCUAGUCCACAGAAAAAUCAUGAAAACAAUGUGGAUGAAACCGCAGUGGAAUCAGUGCAAAGUUUAUCAACAAAGCCUGGGGAUUGGUCUCUGUAUCGAUCAGCCACGCAAGUUAACAAAGACCUGAACGAACCUAACGAAAAGAAACUUAGCCCUUUAAAGGACGUAGCGAGAAGUAAGGGUAUGAUUUCGACGUUAAACACAAGAACACAUCAAAGAGCGAGCUUCGAGUGCGAGUUGACUUUUGCUCCGAAACUUAACGCCAUGAGUAUCAAACUCGCGAAGGAACGAGGAGAGAGAAUUCGCACGGGAUCUGAGAAACGAGUUGCCAGUUCGACAGACGAAUUUACUUUUAAACCCAAAGUGAGCUCGAACAGUGUAAAAAUAAUGCAGCAGCUGAAAACGACCUUCAUGGAUCGGCAACAAAUGCAUGUGGAAAAACAAAAGCGAUAUGUGAGUAAACUGUUUGCUUCUUCCUAAUUAAGAAUUGUAAUUCAUUGCCUUUUAGUUUUAAUUAGCACAAGUUGGUGGUGGAUAAUAUUGUACACUUUUGAAUGAAUUUUAAGUACAUGCAUCUAUUUUUCGCAAUUUUUUUUUUAUUUCGCUUGAUUGUAUAUAGUCCUCUGAAAUAUACAUAAACUCAUGUUAAAUGAAACGCACGUUUUUCAGAACACGCGUACGUUCAUCUGUUAAAUGUUGUUGGUUACAUGCAGAGAAUCAUCAGUGCUGCAGUAACUAUGCUUAUUUGUUUAAGUGAAAGUGGUGUUUUAAUUGGCCUGUAUGUAUCCCUUCUCUUGGGUGGUAUAUUAUCUGAAAAUCGCAGUUUUGCACUUUGUUUUAAAUAUUUUAAUUAACUUCAAUAUUAUAGUAUUCCAUUUUCCCUUACUGAUAUGAGCAAAUGCUCAUGAUACCAUUAUAUUGGAGCUUUAAUCUAAGUUAAAAAUGAAGAAAGAAUUGUGGCAAAAAAAGUAGACAGGCAGAUUGUCAGUAUCACUAUCACCAACAUGUUGAAUCUUAUCUUAUGGAAGUCUAUCAUAUUUUCCACCGUGGAAGUUUGAUGUUACCCCAGGACCUAAUUAGCCUGUACCAUACCUCAAAUAGUUCAGCUGAAUUUUGUUACCCUAUAUAAACUCAAAUCUAAAUUCCCAAAAUAUCUCCCAAUUCAACCAAGAGUCAAUAUUUUCCAGAAAUUACUGAGGUUGGCUUAAGCUUUCUUUGCCAAUUAAACUGAGAUGUGAUAAUUUGCCUGUCUUAUUUUUUGAGUGUUGGUUCUAAAAUCUAAAAUCUUCAACCAAUAUGAUCAGUUUCCAGGAAAAUGAUUACCCCGAUUAUAGACCUAAUGUCUCAUUUCUAUAAUCCCUUUCCCAUUUUAACUGCUUGAAAACCAAUACACUCCACAGCGGCGCAAUUACCUGUAUAUCGCCCGAUAUAUGGCAGUAUCCCCUGGGAUGUUUCUCCAUUCCCCAGAUCAUUGAAUUAACAUUAACAUUUACUUGUGUUAACAGAUUGAAGCAACUAUUAAUAACUUAAACCAAAGUAAAGGCAAAUUUAGUCCUGUGCCAGCUGUUUAUAGAUCUCCAUCAAGGAUGAAAAAGAUCCCGAAAAUCAAAGAACCAAAUAACAAAAACAGUGAGGUAAAUGAAAUAUUUUAAAAAUAAUUUUGUUGCUCUGUUAACUAAUACUAAGUUAUGAAAGAGAUGGUAUUCUUUAAUGGCCUGGGACUAGUGGAAUGGCCAAUGGCAAAUCCAGUCCAGGAGGUAGGGGAUUGGGGAGGAGUUGCAGUCCCCCUGGGUCCCUAGAUUUGCUCCUGAUGACCCAUCAAGCAGGUGUCCUUUUAUAGUUGCCUUGUCGUAUAUGCCAACUUUCCAGAUAUUUAUCCAGAUACAGCACUAAUCUCUAGUUCUCCUGUACAGCUCACCAGAUCUUCUGGAUAUUGAUCGACUUAUGAGCUUUUCACUGCUUUUAGUUGGGGAUUUAUCUAUUUUUUCCCAAAAAUUCUAAAUCUGUUGAUUCAUAAUUUACAACCAUAACAGCUAAUUUUGAUUGGCUGUAUAUUAUGUAAGAGAUCAUAUUACAUUUGGAGACAGGAUCAAGAUUUGAUUAUCAAGGGGUGGGGGAAGGGGGGGUGGUAAUUUACAGAGACAAUCUGUCAGAUUUUAGUUCCGCAAGAGUUUGGCAUCUUUUUUGUAGCACACAGUUUUUUUUAAUUGAUUUGUUUACUUUAUUUACAGGGACCAGAGAGUGUUGCCUCCCCUGACCUACUUGAAUCAACUUCUGCCCCAGACUUGACAAUGUCUGCAUCCAACAAGCCAAGUAACAUUCUAAAGAAUUCUUCAUCAUCUUGUGACUUAAAAAGUCCUGUACAUGACCAAUUAACAGAGAAAAACAAUUUAAAGUCAUCAUCAUCUCAUGAACUUAUCAAGAAGAACAAAUCCAAUUUAAAAAUUUCUGAGAAUGCAAUAAAUAGAGCCAAUGCAGCGUACCAGAAAAUGCAAGAAACAAGUCCAUACAACCAGUCAGUUGAAAAUCUGUACUUAAAGAGGGCAAGGCGUGUUUUGAAAGCGCAUAAAAGAACUGUUACGCAUCCUCCGUCCAAGGCGGGCACAGAGGAGGGUAAUGAAAUGAACUUGAAUGAUACAUUAAGAGUUGAGAAUAACCCAAGCAAACACAAAAAUACUCAUUCUAGAAGUCAUUCACAACCAAGUUCACACCCAGUUGGCAAACUCAAGUACGAUGACCCUUUGUUUAGUAAAGUUAGGAAUUGUAAAAAGGCUGCGGAAACUGCCAUAAAGGUAGGUGAUUGUUGGUUUUACAAUAAUAUAUACAUUUUUAAAAUUUUCAUUAUGCACCUGUUACCAGUAUAGAAUUAAAGUUAUUAAAAUUAAUACUAUAAUUCUAAGGAUCGAGAGGUGCUUCACUGUAUAUUCAUGUAAUUCAAUGUGUGGUUCCAAAAACUAUCCAUAUACAGUGUGCCUUCCCCACAGAAGGGAUUUUUCCUUAGACCACCCCACCCCUCUGGAAAUUCCAGUCAAGCUUCAUACAUUUACUUAAAUUUUUGGGCCUUUGAGAACCCCUCACCCCCAAGGAAUUUCCAAUCCCUUCCAUGGGGGGAGUAUGGAUUUUUUCUGGGACUACAUAAUGUGGGAAUGAUUUGCUCUACCCCUUUGAGGUUUAUUGGUUUGAAUGCCCCAACUUUUCUGGAAAUCUACAUUUGGGUUAAUACUUUCAUGUAUCACCUUCCUCAUGUUCACACUUUCCUUUUAAGUAUUUUUGGGCCUUAAUAUGGACCCCUCUACCACGGGGCCACUCUGAGGACAUUGUUCUGUAUGGAGAGGCUCCACUUGAAGGUCACAAACUUCUGGCCCUUUUAUAAACCAUUUUUAGNUCUAAGGAUCGAGAGGUGCUUCACUGUAUAUUCAUGUAAUUCAAUGUGUGGUUCCAAAAACUAUCCAUAUACAGUGUGCCUUCCCCACAGAAGGGAUUUUUCCUUAGACCACCCCACCCCUCUGGAAAUUCCAGUCAAGCUUCAUACAUUUACUUAAAUUUUUGGGCCUUUGAGAACCCCUCACCCCCAAGGAAUUUCCAAUCCCUUCCAUGGGGGGAGUAUGGAUUUUUUCUGGGACUACAUAAUGUGGGAAUGAUUUGCUCUACCCCUUUGAGGUUUAUUGGUUUGAAUGCCCCAACUUUUCUGGAAAUCUACAUUUGGGUUAAUACUUUCAUGUAUCACCUUCCUCAUGUUCACACUUUCCUUUUAAGUAUUUUUGGGCCUUAAUAUGGACCCCUCUACCACGGGGCCACUCUGAGGACAUUGUUCUGUAUGGAGAGGCUCCACUUGAAGGUCACAAACUUCUGGCCCUUUUAUAAACCAUUUUUAGCAGAAAAUAUGCUGUCCUCUUAUGUACACCUUUCAUUGAAAAAUGGUUCCCCAUAUCCCAUAUACCUCUUACACCUUAAGUUAUAUAUUCAAUUGUCAAUUUGUGUAUUAUAAUAAGCAUUCAAUAAAUUAAAAUGAUACAGCCAUUAUACCGGAAGCCUGAAAAAGGGCACGUUUUGGGUUAGGGGCACCCAACGAGAUAGUUCAAAACCACUUAAACAUGGCAUUGUUAAACGUAUUUUAGUAUUUAAAUGGUAGAUAUUGGCAUAUUUUUAUCUCCUAAAAAUUUUUCAUCCGUUUGGAUUUCCUAGCUGAAAGUCUAGUGAUUUGAAAGUUAUAGGGAUCAAAACUUACCUUUUCGAAAAUUUCAGCCAGAAAAAAAGAUUCCAAAAAUUUUAGGUGACCUUGUUAGGGUAAAAAUUCUUUAAAAAUGCACAAUUAUACAUUUUUUUAGAUGUUCGAAAAUCAUAGGAGAGGCAGGCAAGUAAGAAAUUUUACAACAAUUAUGUUUCAAAAAUUCUAGAUCUCAAAUCUUCUUCCAAUUGACAUUGGGUGCCCCUGUCAGGUGAUACUUGCCUUUGUAAGUCAUUGUAGUGAGUAUCCCCUCCUGAGACCUGCUUCAACUCAAUACAUUUACUUUCUUGCAGCAAAAGAAGGUUUUUAUUUGCCAUGGCCCUUACCCCAUAGUACGAGCUGUGCUGAGGAAGCGAGGAUGGGUAGAAAAACACUACAAAGGGAACCUUUUACCACCCAAGGACAAGAAAAAUGAAAGUGAUGGAAGCGAUGAUGACUCUUGUGGUAGUGGAGAUGAUUCUGAUAAUGAAAACUCAGAUAGUCACUCACCACGCAACAAAGAGAAAAACACAAAGACCUCUUGUAAUCUAGCAGUGUCUAAGUCACAAAGAGGUUCCAAGACAAGAACCAUCAAUGUAAGCAAGAGUAAGGAUGACGAUGAUGAGGGGGAUGGGAGUGGCAGCUGUGAUGACAGUGAUAAUGACAGUGAUGACAGUAAUGAAGAUUGGAAUGCGGGAUAUGAAGGAAAUGGCCCUGACUGUGAAUUUAGCCUUAUGGUAAGUGGAAUUUUUGCAAAACUUGGUUAAUGUUGCUUUGGUUUUUUGACAUGCACAGACUCAGAUGAGUCUGUGGUAUUGUCCAUCUUGAAUGAAUCUUUACCCUUUUAUUUUUUCAGUCCGCUUAAAAUCCUGGGUGUACUGAGUGGGACACACCCUGGACCCUUGCCAGCAAGAAAAUCUGCUUGUCCCAGACUAGUGAAGAGGACUUUGUUUUGAGCCCUGACCUUUAAGUAACCCCAAUAAUCCUUACUUCUUGAUCCACAAAUUAAUUUGUCACAUGACAUAACUAAAAGUUGUUUAAAUUCACGUUCACAGUCAAGGUCUGUGCGCAAUGCUGUAGCUUCUUUUAUCUGGACAACAAAACGUGAUGAUGUUGACUUCAAGUUCUUAAGAAAGGUAAGAUCAGAGUUUUAUGGAAAAAAAUGGAUUGGGUCCCCCAGGUGUAAAUUAACUUACAAGCAAAAUUAUGUAGCAAUCCACACCUUCCCACAGAAGGGGGUUCCUUGGAAAUUUCAAUUUUAAUUAGCUUUGUAAAUGUCUGAGGCUUUGAGAACACCCUGCUCCUGGAAUUUCCAAUAUUUUUUGCCAGAGGAGUACGGAUAUUUUCCGGAUGUUAUUGAUUGGAUUAUAGUCAACAGCUUGAAAAUUUCUGUUGCAAAUUAUGGAGCUUUUUAAAUGUUUGAGACUUCGAGAACACCCUGUUCCUGGAAUUUCCAAUAUUUUUGUCAGAGGAGUAUGGAUAUUUUCCGGACGUUAUUGAUUGGAUUAUAGUCAUUACUCAACAGCUUGAAAAUUUCUGUUGCAAAUUAUGGAGCUUUUUAAAUAUCUGAGGCUUCGAGAACACCCUGUUCCUGGAAUUUCCAAUAUUUUUGUCAGAAGAGUAUGGAUAUUUUCCGGACUUUAUUGAUUGGAUUAUAGUCAACAGCUUGAAAAUUUCUAUUGCAACUCAGUUAUGGGGGCCGUAAUCUAUAGAAACGGGUGUAGGCUAAUGCAUUAAUAUAACUUUUUACAAAUAGUAUUUCUUAUUUCUAGGAUCAGAUAGUGAAUCAUUAUUGCAAAGCUGGUUCGUUUACUACCAAGGUGAGAAUAUGCUGUCAGCUUAGAGCACAUAUUUUUUUAAUAAUGGUUAGCAGUGAACAACAUACUGUAUCUGUCAUCAGUCAGUGCGCUGCGACAUGCACUGCAGUAGUAGAUAGUGGCCUCUAAUAUUGAUGAUGAUUGUUGAUGAUGUGGAAACGAAACAGUAACAUUAUGAUGUCAAUGUUAAGGCUAAAGGCCGCGGGGGACACCUAUCUAAUGAAUAAAUUUAUUAGACAAAAUUUUGCUUUUGCUACAAAAAACAAACGCCUAUAUCUUGGUUGUUUCAGAAGUGAUUCAAAUAAACCUUUACUGAGGCAUUGUAAAAUAUGGAAGUUUAGGGUGGUUGUUUUUUUAUUAAUAGGUAGAUCGCGCUUUAUGGCAAUGCUUUAGGCCACAGUUGUACCAAAUUGGGAAAUCGUGAUUGAUUUUGUGUCCAAGUGUGCAGAAAGAAUAGAACAGUAAAGGAGACAGCAGUCUGUGAUUUUAUUAACAAAUAGCUGGUCAAAACCGCCAGUGUGUCAUGUACAGAGCAGAUUUUACAAUUUAAAGAUUGCCAGCAUCACAUGUAACCGUUCAAGCAAAAUCUGCAUCCAUGAAAUUAACGCCUUAUACGAUCUUUUUAUAAAAGAGCUCGUUUAGAAUUCCACUCCAUACGUGACAAACUGCGGUCUACUAUUAGUUUACCUCUCUUUUGUGCCAGCUCUUGAAGAUUUGUAUCUGCGCAAAACUCUUGGAAAUUGUCGGAAAAGUCAAGUUUUUGACUCUGGAGGGUGUUCCGACUAAAGCACGUGUUCGAAGCAAGAUAUGUAAUUAUGGUAAUUUAGUUAACCACAUUCCACGCUGUAAUUUGUAUAUAAGCAACAAUGUUUUCAAGGGUUUUUGAGACAAAAAAAAAACGUACGAAGAGUUUUGGUUUUAAAUUUGUUUGAAAUUUUCUAAUGAGUUCUUUAUUUUUAUUGAUUUAAAAAUCACUGAAUUAACAAGGCUUACGACCAUUCAGGGCCGUUUUUUACUUUUGAAUAAAUAUUUUGUUCACAGUCUCCUUUCCACACGUGCAUGUCAGCAAUUUAGAUUUUGCGCUCACUUUUAUCCAGUUAUGAAUGUCUUGUAAACCUGUCGAUAUCAGACGUUGUACUUCGUACAUACGCUUUAAAUAAAUGCAUAAACAUAAGCCCAAGGUGCCCCCGCGACCAUAAAUUGUGUAAUAAAAGAUACAUGUACUAUUUAUCAUAGUUUCUCUAUCAGGGUUCGUACAGGUCAUGGAAAACCUGGAAAGUUUUAUUUUCGGUCCUUGAAAGUCAUGGAAAUUUAAUUUUUGGUUUGCUACGUUAGUCACUGCAAGUGACAAAGCAAGGACAAUGUAAGAUAAAGCGGAGUAAUUCAACAGCGCGAACGGCACGCAUUUUGGUGGACACCAGAGUUUGUGUAUGUUGAACUAUUUAAGGUCAAACAAUACUCUAAAACAAGGAAAGUUUUGAACAUUUUUGAUAGUGACAGCUGAAUUGAAGUCAUAGAAAGGCAUGGAAUUUGAAAAGCUUAAAAGAAUACGAACCCUGUCUAUGGUUAGGCUCGUUUUCUGUUUGUCUCACAGGCUAACUGGAGCAUUUCAGUCCUCACUGUUUGUUCCUCGCCGUUUAUGCUUAAAACUGGUCCUUCAUUAGUCUACUGUGGUUGAGAUACAUGUGUUUUGAUGGUAAAUUACAUCUCUGUGUUGUCUGUAGGUUGGUCUCACAACAAACAUCAGAAACUUGUGUUGGUAUGAAGAGGCAAAUCAUUUCUCCUUCUUUCCUCGCUCACAUCUUCUUGGCUCUGAUGAUGAGAGGAUGGAGUUUAUAGGUAUGUGAUGCAUAUUUCAGCGAUUCCAUCUAUCGGACUACUAGAAGUGCAAGCAAAGACAAAAUACGUGCAAUUCACUGCUAGUUGUUUGCGUACUUUUAUAAAAUAACUAAGAUAGUACGCGCGUUCUGAUUGGUUAAAAACGUAUGGCUCGUAAUUUACAAGCUUUUUGAGUGUUCUAAACCUAUGGAAACUGUGGUCUACUGCUUAUAUAGUUUACUCAAAAAACAACAAAAUAAAGCGGGUACUUGAAACGCGAAAUUUCUCCACGGCUUACACUGGAAGCUGGACACUGGACGUACGUACGAACGAUUUUGUCCGAACCAAAAUUUCUUGGAUGGAUUGAUAACCCAAUUUUCUUGCGCGAAAGCUCCGCUAUGCAUGACAGUGAAUCACACGAUUUUCCACACCAGAACAGGACAUUGGGGGAGUUGUAACUUUUAACCUUGAUAUCAGACUUCACGUGGUUUAUCUCUACCAAGGAGGUAGUACAAAGUGCCAAUUGCCGGGCAAAGCUUUUUGGUGUGGUUAUUAGUUUGAAUAAAGUUAAUCUCCACUGCUUUUCCCCUAAAAUUCAGAUGACUAUCGUCUCACUGCCGCAAUUAGCAUUUUAAAGUGGGUCACGGAGAGGUAUGAGAAUGGUAACCAUGGUGACAAAUUACACCAGAAAGACUCAUCAGACCCUCCGAAAACUUCGUCAAGUACGCACCGGAAUGUGUCUACCCCACGGAGGUCUGCCACACCCAAGAAGCCCUCUACACCCUCUGCUCCAACAAGAUGCUCCUCUCGCCAAAGCAGCUCCAAUGUGAUACCAGUGAAGGCUUUAACACUCGCUUUGGAAGCAUGCCGAGACUUUCUUAGAUGCAAAGAACAUCUGGAUAUUGAUGAUCCGGUUAAUAAGGUAUUUUUUUAAAUAUUAUUAAAAUAAAAAUAUUAUUUAAAAGUUAUUUACAUGAAGUCAAGAGUAUGUCAGGACUCCUAUAACGAGUGUAGAAUUCAGUACAUUGGCGAACUAAAAAGGUUAGUGCCUCCUAACUGGUAUUAUUUUAAAGUUCUGGACUAGUCCUAAAAUAGGAAAUGAGCAGAUCUCAACUUGGACUGCCUACAAAGACAAUUGGGGGUGACAACGCAAAUUCAGGGGGGCAGUUUAGCAAAGAUAACGGCUUUGUUGAAUACUAAUACAGUGGAAGCCCGCCUCACGACCACCUCGGUAAUACGGUCACCUCGUUAUUACGGCCACUUUUUUUGGCCGCCCGGCAGAAACGACCAUAUAUUUCUUGAAAAGAAACCCUCGUUAAUACGGUCACUUCGUUAUUACGGCCAAUGUUUUUUGGCCCAUUGUUGACCGUAUUAACGGGGUUCCACUGUAAAAACUGUCUAAAAAUCAUCAUCGCAAAGUCCACAGUCACUAAAAUAUUCAACUAAAAGCUUUCUUAAAAAGAUAUGUCCUUAGCCUUUUCUUAAAAGGGUCAAUAGAAGAGCUUGAUUUUAUGUAAAAAGGCAAAAAACUCCAAAGUCUUGGUGCGCAAACCGUAAAGGAUCUAUAUCCGUGAGUUCUAAGCUUAAAAGAGGUAUAAGAUUAUAUUAUUUGUUGAAGCCAAAUAUUCUGUAGAAACCCAGUGUAAUUAAUGGCUUUUUUUAGGCACCUGCUCUCACAGAGGAUUCAUGGAAGCAGCUGGUUGAUUACUACUACCAAAUCAAAUCGUGAGUAAAUUUAGAAAUAUAUAUACUGCCCACGCAAUACUUUUUGUUCACACCUCGAUUGAUUUGUGAAGACCGACCUUAGAAGGAGAAAUGUGUUAAAUGAGUUACCCAUUGUGCGAUCUUAUUUUCAGUCAUGGCGCUGUGAUUGCGACUGCUUACCCCUUUCUCAAAGAGUGCCAGAACACAUUAAAACAGGUAAGAUUUCUAUCAGUCGAGCUGUCAGUUGCUUUCAAAUAACAAAAACCCCUCGCGCAUCGCAUGGAAAGAAUUCUCGUUGAGCCAACUAAUUCGCUAAUCGGAGUCCGCAAAAAAAUGUUUUAUCUGAUUGAUAGUCGCGGCUGCCUUCGCAAUUCGCUAUUUUAACGAAAAGAUUGUAAAACAGCCCAUAAUAAAAUGUUUAACAAAACGGUGAGAUAUUCACUUCCAUCCCGGCCAUAGGAGGAAUGGAUGGAGGUGUUACCAUUGCCAUCAGACACGUAUUUCUGCUUAUUACUCCACCUCAAAGUUUUUAUGCGCAUUAUGGAUUUCUGCUAUCUGUGGAAAGAAGCGGCAUUCUUAGCACUGCAGAACAGUUUUUGAUCAAUUCUCAGACGUCGGAUAAGGAGGGUCUGAAUAGGGGGUACCUCGAUAACGCUAAACACUUCAUUUUUUGGCUUUGUAACAUGAAACAGUUAAAUUUUAGGCAUUUUAACACUAACAGUAUAAAAUUCCUUGAAACGGUAAAUUUUUUCCAGAAAGAAGCAAAAACGGCUCCAAAUAGGCCAAUAUUAUUUUGUUUAGUACAUCAAGGAGUUUUUGGCCAUCUUACAACAAUUCCGGAUUUCCGAAGGCUACCGACGAUGCUCGAAGACUGUCGAAGAUUUCGAAAGACUAACGAAGAGGUCCGACCAUUGCCGAAGAUGUCCGAAGAACCCUCCAAACACUUAACAGUAUUUUCUUCGGAAACAGUAAACAUUAAAAAAUUGGCCAAUUUAACAGCAAACACUAAAAAUUAUGGGCAAAUAAACCCCAUUCAGACCCUCGAUAAGCGCUAUCUUUUAGUUCUAACUCGUAUUGAUGUGGGUUAUUUACAGAUGAGAGACCACCUUCCUCAAUUGGACAUAGAUGGAGUGAAGAAUAUUUGGAUCGUGAAACCUGGAGCUAAGUCAAGAGGGAGAGGUAAGAGGACAUUAGCACGAAAAUGGCGGAAAAAUACCUUGAAUGAAGAACAUAACAGUCAAGAACGUGCCUUUUCCAGUAGUAUCAGUGGACCGGUAUUAGUACUCACAAUCAGCCAUUUUGCUUUAGUGCGUGUGGUAUCGAUGGAUUAAACUAACUCAAACUACACGCUGAGAUCUCAAUUACUGAAGGGAAAGAGGUGUUGAAAUUGAUUAACUCUUUGAUGUGUUUUUGUUUGCUCUGUCUUAAGGAAUCAUGUGCAUGGAUCGUCUAGACGACAUUGUGAAACUUGUUGGUAGUAAUGCUGUGGGAAAGAAGGAAGGCCACUUUGUAGUGCAAAAGUACAUAGGUAAAAAAAAAACACAACAUACAUGUUGAAUAUAUCUUAAAUACUCACCCCUUCAGUAAAAUGUUCGCUGAAAGGCCGGACUUCAUUUCCUCCUUUCUGUUUAUUCUGAAUGUGGACAAAACCUUUUCAUGGAUUUUCUUUCAGUGAGACAUGAAAAAGCGCAAAUAGUGGACACUUUUAUAUGUUGUAAAACUGACCCUCGUCAUGUCCUUUUUACAAAGGUGACACACCCUAGAAACAGGUUUGUCUUACUGAAAAUAUGAGAGAAGGCAGAUAGGAAUCUCUGGUGCUCGUGUCGUUCAACGCAAGUGCCAUUGGCAAUAUGACGUAAUUUUAGUACUCCGACCAGAAUCCUUUAGGGUUUUGCUUUGUUGUGCAAAUCAGGGCUUUUGUUAUUUAAACCUCUCUGGGAUUACCAGAUUUAAUUAUGAAAGGCAAAACGAAAAGGAUUCUGGUCGUAGCAGUAAAAUGACACCAUGGUGCAAAUGGUCUGUUGAAGUUAGCUUCUGGUGACAUUCUCCUUGAACUGAAACUUUGCCAUUUUUGCUAACUGAUUCGUGUUACUGGUUUUAACAGAAAAACCGCUGUUGAUUUACAACGUGAAAUUUGACAUCAGGCAGUGGUUUCUUGUGACUGAUUGGAAUCCACUUACCCUGUGGUUUUAUAAG